AUGACACUCCUCUUCGCAACACUAUCGCUGCUUUCCGCACAGCCGGUCAACGCCAUUGGCAUCUCCUCAGAACGCGCGCCCGGGGCCGAUCCUGGCACCCUGCCUUGUUUGGACAGACGCACCCUGUUUGGGAUCACCUGGGGCUGUUUCUCGACGUUGUUUGCAUGCGUAUGGGUCUCCGCGCACCCUAAUGUGCCGCCUCCAGCGCGUGAGCCGCCCGGAAAGCACGCAUCGCUUUGGGAGCACAUCAAGUGGUACGCUGUGGGGCAGACAACGGGUCUACGGAGGCGGCUGGGCCUUGUACUCACUGCGUUCAUCGCACCAGAGCUUAUCGUGGGAUUUGCAGGGCGCCAGCUGGAGACUGCAAUGUACUUUUCGAAAAGAUAUGGGAUUUCGAUAACACACGGAUUCUUUAUCUCGAUGGGUGGCUUUGUUGAUGAGGCGCGGCAUCCUAUUGCGCAGAGCCGAGACGUGGAGGACCACUACCGAGCUAUCUGCCACGUGUCGGAGCAGGACAUUGUUGACCGCAGUCAAGGAGAUGCAUUCGCGAAGACGGUUGCGCUGCUUCAGGCGCUCUGGUUCGUGGUGCAAUGCCUGGCCCGUCUGCACCAGGGCCUUCCGCUCACAGAGCUGGAGGUGGCGACACUCGGCUUUGCGACGGUGAACGCCUUCACGUGGGAGCUCUGGUGGCACAAGCCGCUGGACGUACGUGCGCCAAUUUUCCUCCCGUCACCGGAUACGAGUGCCAGGCUGUCCCGCCCACGGGAGUGGGGCACGCACCGCCCGCUACCCGCGCCGUCGCUUGGCCAGCGCUUCAUGUGGGUUCUUGGGUACUCCUCCACACGCGACCACUUCUACGACGCGGCCGUCCCGUCCUUCUACUUCGCGUCCGACGCCGUCGGCGACGACCACGAGCGAUACACACCCAUGCUCCAAAUGCUCGUCGCACUCCUCUUUAGCGCGGUGCACUGUGCCGCGUGGAACGCCCGUUUCCUAUCGGUGGUUGAAAUGUGGCUGUGGCGAGGGGCGGCGGUGCUUUUGGGGAUCGUGCCCGUCGUGGUCCUUCUGGUGUAUGGCCAUGGCGUUGCGUGGCACUGCGAUGGCAUGCCGUAUAUCGGGAGCUCGUUGUCGCUGUACGUUAUCGGGGCGCUCAUCUAUGUCCCUGUCCGCGCUGUCCUGGUUGUGCUCCCCCUCUUGGCGUUGAGGGCGUUGCCAGACGGCGCAUACGUAGACGUAAACUGGAGUCGGUAUCUUCCGCAUGUCUUUGUUCGAAGAACUAUUAUCUUGUUGGAGCCAAAAGGUGGAGCUGGUAUGGCGGUCAAAGUGGGGAAGUAA